GCAGCUCGCAUUUGACUUUUGUUUUCGUUUGCAAGUUACAGCGUCUGGUUGUGCCAGAUCCGGUAAUAGUCGUCGAGUACACAGGCACGAGCGCAUACUUUAGAAAAUUGUGAAUUCUAAUAAUUGAAGAGAGCAUUUAGAGUGCUAAGUGAAGCAAAGAUGAAGAUCACACUUGUGAUAGCUGCUGUCUGCAUAGUAGUGGCGUGCGCUGAACCUGCCAUCUCACAGGCCAGAACAACGACAACAACAUCAACAAAGCCUGGUAGAUUCUUAUCACUGCCUGUGCCAGCGAAAUGUGCCAGACGUCCUAAGGAAUUCUCCUACCGCGGUCGCAACAUGUUCCUCAGCUCUCACGUACCAGCGUUGGCCAACAAGAAGGUCGAUUGGUUGGAUGGUCGUAAUUUGUGCCGUGAAUACUGCAUGGACUUGGUCGCUUUGGAGACACAAGAGAAGAACAAUCUGAUUUUCCGUGUCAUUCAACAGAACGAUGUACCUUACAUUUGGACUGCUGGCCGUAUUUGCGAUUUCGCUGGCUGUGAAAAUCGUCCCGAUUUGGAACCCAAAAAUGUUUACGGUUGGUUCUGGUCUGCCACCCGCGAGAAGAUUCAAGCCACCAAUCGCAUUCCACAAGGCUGGGGCUACAAUCCAUGGUCGCAAACUGGCCACAAGAAGCGCCCACAACCUGACAAUGCCGAAUACGAGAUCAACCAGACCAAGGAGCAGUGCUUGUCGGUAUUGAAUAAUGUCUACAAUGAUGGUAUUGCAUGGCACGAUGUGGCCUGCUAUCACGAAAAGCCGGUCAUCUGCGAGGAUAACGAUGAACUGCUGCGUUAUGUGGCAGCCACGAAUCCGGGUAUUCGUCUUUAAGGCGGCGUUGCAGUGAGUUGGUGGUGCCUUCGCAUUGUCUGUGUGUGUGUUUUUUUGAUUAAUUUUAUUAUUUUAUUUUAAUUUCUUUUUUCGAUUUUUUUAUUUCUAAUUUUAUUUGUAAAAAAAAAAGUAUAAAACAACAAAUAAUAGACUUUAGAAUUUAUUAAUUGCGUGCAUUCUUGAAAACUCACCUAAAAUUUUCCGCUAGCUAAAUUGCAAAAAUUUGGCUGCAACGACGUUGAGAUCACUUUACUUUGUAAUUUUUUAUUUUUUUGGUAUUACACUGCUUGUGCUCUACUGCCAGCCUAUUACAUAAGCCGUUAUAUUUUUAUUUGUUAUAAAAUAUUUAUUCUAUCUACAUAAAUAAAUUUAUCGAAUUUUUA